CGUGUAGUAAAGUGAAACGCUGGUGUUGACAUUGAUCUUAUCUUCUGGUGUGGACGAUUGUUUUCUGGUGGCUGGCUUAAUGUCAGGUCUCAGGCUUAUGAGAGCUGGGCUGUUGCGCCGUCUGGGGCAGCAAUUCUUGUCCUCAGCAUCCCGAGAGGAGAAACUCAAGGAGAGGCAGGCUCAAGUGAUGUCUCGUGGUUUGCCAAAACAGAAGCCAAUUCCUGGCGUAAAGCAUGUGGUAGUGGUGGCUUCUGGCAAAGGAGGUGUUGGCAAAUCAACCACAGCAGUGAACUUGGCACUGGGAAUAGCUGCAAAUGAUCAGGUUAACUCCGUAGGCUUGCUGGAUGCUGAUGUGUAUGGUCCAUCAAUUCCCAAAAUGAUGAAUUUGACAGGAAACCCAGAGGUGUCUGAAAAAAACCUCAUGAUUCCUCUUGUCAACUAUGGGAUACGCUGCAUGUCUAUGGGCUUCCUGGUGGAGGAGACUGCACCGAUUGUAUGGCGGGGUUUGAUGGUCAUGUCUGCCAUUGAGAAGCUCCUAAGACAAGUAGCUUGGGGGGAGCUGGAUUAUUUGGUGAUCGAUAUGCCACCUGGAACUGGGGACGUGCAGCUGUCUGUCUCCCAGAACAUCCCAAUUUCAGGAGCUGUCAUCGUGUCUACUCCUCAGGAUAUUGCUUUGCUGGACGCACGUAGAGGAGCUGAAAUGUUUCAGAAAGUCAAUGUGCCGGUGCUGGGCCUCGUACAGAACAUGAGCGUUUUUCGUUGUCCAAAAUGCGAACAUGAGACGCACAUUUUUGGAGCUGAUGGUGCCCAGCGCCUAGCACAGUCCUUGGGGCUGGAUGUCCUAGGAGAUGUCCCACUGCAUCUAAACAUAAGAGAAACCAGUGAUACAGGCCGACCUGUGGUGGUAUCUGAUCCUGGGAGCAAUGAGGCCAAGGCUUACCUUAAUAUUGCCAGUGAAGUGAUACAUAGGAUCUCUCAACUGAAGAUCACAUGACAUUUCUGUUCUUAUCACCCUGUACUGUUCUGGAAAGUGAUUUGCAACUUCAGUGUAUAGAGAGCGAUGUGCAACAGGUCAUGCACUGUCCUGACGCUGCCUCCACUGCGCAGAUCACUUAAGGUUUUAGGUUUCAACUGCAUUGCUUUAUAGUAUGAUUUUGCAGGAUAUCCACCCAAACCCAAAACAUGUGUGAUUCAGACAGAACAUACGAUUUAAAAAAGGUUUCCAAUUUAAUUCUUUUUUUAAAUUUGCUUAGUUUCCGUGGUAUUCUUUGUUGAAGAGAUACUUAGGUAGGUGUCUGGAGCACUAGAUGGUAGGAUAUAGUGUUGCCAUUUUAUAGUCUUGCAAAUGGAUAACAUUGUAGCAAAACUGCUGCCAUAUAGUUCACAUAUGUGCACACUCCUGAGCUUACGCCUUUGCUUUUUUUAAUAUAUAUUUUUAUUGAUUUUAUUUAAUACAAACAGUAAACAACAAAAAGAAGAAGAAAAAUAAAAAAAAGUGUAAAAGAAAAGUAAAUACAGUAUAAAGCCAUUUGUACAUUUCUCAUCACAGUUGUAAUUACCACUCAUCUCAGCAUCAUUCUUUACUAAAUGUGACACCAAUGGAGGCAGGGCCGGAUUUACUUCUCAGGAGCCUGUAGGCAGAGAAAUCUGAAGCGCCCCCCUCCCCCCCCCCCAUAAAAAGAGUAAAAAGAGAUACUGUACUUUUUUUUACAAAAUAUUUCUAUUUAGAACAAAAAUAAAUAUUACAAAUUUUAAAUCAAAUAAAUGAGGUAUCAGAACCAUUGAUAAAAGUGCUGUAUACAUUUAAAUUUGUGUAAAAUCGAAAUAUGUAUAUCAGAGUGUACAACAGAAUUAGAACAUAACUAAAUAAAUAAAUGCAAUUCAAAGUAAAAGGGUCUUUCUAAGCAACAUAACCACUACAAAGUGCUUCCUUUUAAAUACAAAGUGUCCUAGUAAACCGUUAAGUCUGUGCUGUACAACUCUCAGUAUGCUUAGCGAGCUAAAGAACCAAGUGAUCAGCAUUAGACGCUAUUAUAUUUAUACCUAAUGGGAUUUCUUGUCUUUAGUAAAGGCAGGGUAAUAAUUGAAAAAUACAACUCACAACUCACCACAACUCACCAAUAGCACUUAUAUCUACCAAACCACAUAGAUAGACUACUUCUGGUACAUCCUCUAACACAAUACCAAAUUUCAAUCUCAACCCACUGUACUAUACUGCCCUCUCAACUGCACAGCACACACUGGGGUUUAGCAUCAGCAGUCUUACGUACUCCUCAUAUAGUACAUAUUUAGCAUGGAAUGUUGAGCAAAAUACUACAUAUACUACAGGUCUAGCAGUUUGACAAAACUGUUGCAGUGCCAGUACCUAAAAGACAAUAAGCAUAAAAUCACUACUAAAGAGCUGUAGUGGUUAUGGUGCCUAGUGUCCCAUUUACUGACUGUCAGCAGCUGCCUGAAAGGGGUCACUCUCAGGCAGACAGUGAGAGGAGUGUGUUUGCUGACAGCAAUCACACCCUUGUCACUCUCAGGCAGCCAGUGAGAGCAAUCACACUCCUGUCACAGGCUGCCUGAGAAUGAAAGGGGUGUGAUUACUGUCACUGGCUGCCUGAGAAUGAAAGGGGUGUGCUAGUCUGUCAGACUCAGUCUCAGACAGCGCUUGCUUGGCCUUGGUCACUCACUUUCACAGUCACUCACUUAGUUAUGCUGUAGACAGGCGUCUCAGGGCCCAGGGCAGGCGACAGGCUCCGCUCCGACAGCGUCAGAAGGUGGACCAUGGAGCAACCAAAACUUCAGCCAGCCCAGGCCAGCAGCAAUGAGCAUGCACAUCAGCUCACUAUCUUCCCGCCUAGUACUCUGUCUGACUCUGAGAGGCAGAGGGCGGUAGCUGGCAUCACGUGACAGACGUGGGCAUGAUGCCGCCCGGCCAGCCCCAAACAAAAUUAGUGGCAAAUCUGCAAUGGUGCGCAUGUGUGGCGCCAACCACGGCAGAGUAGCACAGCUGCACACUCACCUGGGGACUGGAGUCUGAGACGACUUGUCACUCACUUCACUUGUGCACUGGAGACUGGAGCGAGAGUAGAGUCAGGGGUGGGAGCGAGGGUGGAGUCAGGGCUCGGAGGGAGUCAGCCUAGGAGGACGCAAGACAACUGCAGCGCUACUUGCUAAACUUGUUGCUACUAGUUCUGCUCUGUGUGACUGACAGUCUGUUCUGAUAAAGUUGCUAAGCACUAGUCUACUGUACAAAUUAAACACUGCAGUAAAUCAAACAAAGCACUCACUCACAGGCUCAACAAAAUCAUAAAAAAAAAAAAAAGUUAAAUUUUUUUUUUUUAAGAAAAAAAAAAUACACUGACUCUGUGGCGCCCCCUGCUGCAAUGCGCCUGUAGGCACAUGCCUACUGUGCCUAAUGGCAAAUCCGGCCCUGAAUGGAGGACAUUGUUAUAGCCAAUCAUCGUAUCCUGAACACUAUAAUUUGUUUACACAGCUAUUCUUGUCCUUUCCUCCCAUUCAAUCCAUCUUUCCCAAAUAGCUAGUUCUUGUUCUCUAUUAUCUAGAAACAAGAUCAUUCUGACAUUGACCAAUAGAUCCUAAUCUUUUGCAAUAUGACUUCAAAAUUGGGGAUUGAUGUUUUCCAGAAUCUCACAAUAGAAGUACGUACAGCUGUGCAUAUUAAAGCGAUAAGUUUGUUGGUUGGUCUAUUAAUCCCCUUAAUUGGGAAGUGCAAUAGUGCUUGGGAUGGUGUUAGAGAGAAAUCCGGGUUCAACACCUCCCCAAUCAGUUUAGAUAUUUUUUCCCAUAUACGACUCACCAUAGGACAAGUCCACCACAGAUGGAAAUAUGUACCUGUCUCAUUGCACCCUCUAAAACAAGUAGGCUGCAUAUCAGCAAAUAUGACUUAAAGGGACAGUCUACCAUAGAAUUGUUAUUUUUUUAAAAGAUAGAUAAUCUCUUUAUUACCCAUUCCCCAGUUUUGCACAACCAACACAGUUAUAUUAAUAUACUUUUUACCUCUGAGAUUACCUUGUAUCUAGGAACCUUCUUCCAGCCCCCUGAUCACAUGACUGUGACUAUUUAUUAUCUAUUGUCUUAAAUUUAGCAUUGUAGUGUGCUAAAUCUUAAAUAACCCCCUGUGCCUGAACACAGUGUUAUCUAUAUGGCCCACGUGUACUUUGUGUCUCUUUGUGUUGAAAAGAGAUAUAAAAAGCAUGUGAUAAGAGGCAGCCCUCAAAGGCUUAGAAAUUAGCAUAUGAGCCUACCUAUGUUUAGUUUACACUAAGAAUACCAAGAGAAAAAAGCAAAUUUGAUGAUAAAAGUAAAUUGGAAAGUUGAUUAAAAUCAAAAGUCCUAUCUGAAUAAUGAAAGUUUAAUUUAUACUAGACUGUCCCUUUAAUCUCAUUGGGUUCAUAUACCAAUGAAUAAGUACCUUGAUGUAAUUCAAUUUGAGAUUUGCAUUAAAAGGGAAGGCUUUACCUCUGUGUAUGUUUUCUAUCCAGUGUGUCUGAAAUAUGUAGAGCGUCCUCCCAUUUAGCCAUGACUCCCUUUCUUUUCAACAAGAUACCAAGAGGAAAAUGAAAAUUUGAUUUAAAAAAAAGGAAAUUAGAAAGUUGUAUAAAAUGUCAUGCUUUGUCUGCAUUAUGAAAGAAAAAUGUUUGUUUUUUUAACCCACUUUGGCUGAUGAAUGAGAAACCUCAUUCUUGACCUUUAAUAUAAGGAUUGGGCCUAAGGAUUUUUGUUUCAGGGGCACUUCUUAUGUUACCACAGGAUAAUAUGGUUGCAUUACAAUUGUUAAAGGGCCACUAAACCCAAAAUCUUUCUUUCAUGAUUCAGAUAGAGAAUAGAAAUUUAAACAACAUUACAAUUUACUUCCAUUAUUUAUUUUGCUUCAUUUUUUAGAUAUAUUUAGUUGAAGAGAAAAGCAAUGCACAUCGUGAGCCAAUCACACAAGGCUUCUAUGUGCAGCAACCAAUCAGCAGCUAGUGAGCAUAUCUAGAUAUGCUUUUCAUCAAAGAAUAUCAAGAGAAUAAAACAAAUUAGAUAAUAUAAGUAAAUUAGAAAGAUGUUUAAAAUUGCAUUCUCUUUCUAAAUCAUAAAAGAAAAAUUGUGGGUGGCAUGUCCCUUUAAGCAUGGACAGUGGACACAUACCUCAAGAUUUUAUUUCAUUGCUAAUUGUAUGUUCAUGUGUGUGUUUGUGUUUUUAUAUGAAUCCUUCAUUCAUUUUUAAGAAUAAAGUUGGUUCAUAAAUGUG